AACCCACCGUUUGACAGUCACUACAGCACUGCGAUACGCAUCAUCAGCACCACGCGCGAAAAACCCGAAAGACAUCAUCGACCGCCUGUACGCCUCCAACCCCCUCCUCCACUCGUCCCUUCGCCUUCGCCAAUCCAUGUCCGAGCCUGAGCCCGCCAUGAAGAAGCUCAAGAUGUCCAACGGCAGCGCUGCACCAGUCAUUGGCACACACAGCGGUCACUUCCAUGCCGACGAGGCAUUGGCUGUCCAUCUGCUUCGCCUUCUGCCAGAGUACCAGAAUGCUACCAUCACUCGCACCCGAGAUCCAGAAGUCCUGAAGAAUUGUAACAUUGUCGUGGACGUGGGCGGCGUACACGAUGACAGCGCUUUCCGCUACGACCAUCACCAGCGCGAGUUCAACGCCACUUUCCCGCGCAAGAACACCAAGCUGAGUUCGGCGGGUCUGGUGUGGAUGCACUAUGGCAAGAGAAUCAUUUCGCAUCUCACUAGCGCGGGCAUCGACAACCCAGAUGUCGACCUGCUUUACCAAAAGCUGUACGAAGACUUCAUCGAAGCAUUUGACGCCAACGACAAUGGUAUUUCCGUCUACGACCCACAGGAGCUGCGCAACGCUGGCAUUGAGGAGAAGUUCUCCGACAAGGGCUUCAGCAUCGCAAGCGUGGUUAGUAGAUACAACCACAUGCCCAUCACUCCCGCUAUCACGAACAAGCUCUCUGCGCUGAUGACCACCAGCAAAGCCAAGGAUCAGACAGAAGAAGACGCACGCUUCGUCCGCGCUUCCUCCUUCGUCGGCGAGCAGUUUGAGCUGGAAAUCUCUGACAAGAUCACUUCAUGGCUUCCAGCUCGUGCUAUAGUGAAGAAGGCAUUCGAGUCACGCCAGUCCGUCGACCCUGAGGGACGCAUCAUCGUCAUUCCCUACUCGCCAGAAGGCGUGCCUUGGUCUGAUCAUCUGUAUGCACUCGAGGAGGAAACAGGAAGUCAAGGCAAUGUGCUUUAUGCAUUGUUCGCAGAGAACGGCGAGGAGAAUUCGAAGUGGAGGAUUCGUGCUGUCAGCCUGGAGCCAGGCAGCUUUGAGAGCAGGAAGGGCUUGCCGGAGGACUGGAGAGGCGUGCGUGACGAGGAGCUCAGUAAACUGUCUGGUAUCCCAGGAUGCAUCUUUGUGCAUGCGAGCGGCUUCAUUGGUGGCAAUCAGACUUACGAGGGUGCGCUUGAGAUGGCGAAGAAGGCGGUCAAGCUUUAACAUCGCGCCUGAGAAACUGGUCCAAAAGCUAGGGAGAUGAAUUGGGACAUGAUUGAACGACUACGAAAAGUACUGGCAACAGGAUAGCUCCAGCAUGCAGUGGUUGCAGAGCGAUAAAAGCAAAGUCACACACGUGAGAAUAAUGAGAUACAUCGGAAUGGCCUUCCAGACUAGUAAUUCAAGUCUGUUGGUGAGGCUGACCGGCUGACCGUUUC